CCCACAGUGACUGCUACAGCGUUCGCACGCAUGUCUGCUUCUGUGUAAAGUCAGCUCACAAGCCUGCGAGCUGCUAGCUGGUUAGCAACACGCUAUCAAACGGAUGCUGUAGACUUGAGGGCUUGUUCUCCUAAAAACAGUCUGGUGGAGAUAUGAACCUUUCUCGGGUCCAGAUCUUGCUGGUAUGGACUCUCAGCGUAUUUGCUGGUCCAGUACUCUGCUCCGAGGACGAGACUCGUCUGGUGAAGACCCUGUUUACUGGGUACAACAAAGUGGUUCGUCCAGUGAACCACUUCAGUGAAGUUGUCGUGGUCACUGUGGGACUGCAGCUAAUACAGCUGAUCAGUGUGGAUGAAGUUAACCAGAUUGUGACCAGCAAUGUCCGCCUCAGACAGCAAUGGUUGGAUGUGAACCUGAAGUGGAAUCCAGAUGAUUACGGAGGCAUCAAGAAGAUCAGAGUCCCUUCAACCGACAUCUGGAAACCCGACCUGGUGCUUUACAACAAUGCUGAUGGUGACUUUGCCAUCAUCCAUGAAACUAAAGUCCUGCUGGAGCACACUGGGAUGAUAACAUGGAACCCUCCAGCCAUCUUUAAGAGCUACUGUGAAAUCAUUGUCCUCCAUUUCCCAUUUGACCUGCAGAACUGCAGCAUGAAACUGGGAACCUGGACAUACGAUGGCCUGCUGGUCGUCAUCAACCCGGACAGCGAUCGGCCUGACCUCAGUAACUUUAUGGAGUCGGGUGAAUGGGUGUUAAAGGACUACAGGAGCUGGAAACACUGGGUGUACUACACCUGCUGUCCUGACACACCCUACCUUGACAUCACCUACCAUUUCCUGAUGUUGCGGCUGCCUCUCUACUUCAUUGUCAACGUCAUCAUUCCCUGCAUGCUCUUCUCUUUUCUCACCGGACUGGUCUUCUAUCUGCCCACCGACUCAGGUGAAAAGAUGACUCUGUCCAUCUCCGUCCUGCUGUCUCUGACUGUCUUCCUGCUCGUUAUUGUGGAGCUGAUCCCCUCCACAUCCAGCGCCGUUCCUCUCAUCGGGAAAUACAUGCUCUUCACGAUGGUGUUUGUCAUCGCUUCCAUCAUCAUCACCGUCAUCGUCAUCAACACGCAUCACCGCUCUCCCAGCACACACACCAUGCCCCCCUGGAUCCGCAAGGUCUUCAUCGAAACCAUUCCCAACAUGAUGUUCUUCUCAACAAUGAAGCGUCCCAGCCAGGAGAUCCGGCAGAAGAGGUUGUUCCCCACUGACAUGGACAUCUCUGACAUCUCAGGCAACCCCACCCCCACCAGUGUAACGUACCAGUCUCCCAUUGCUAAAAACCCUGACGUCCGCAGUGCCAUUGAAGGGGUGAAGUACAUCGCUGAGACCAUGAAGGCAGACGAGGAAUCCAACAAUGCAGCAGAGGAGUGGAAGUUCGUCGCCAUGGUUUUGGACCACAUCCUGCUUUGUGUGUUCAUGGCCGUGUGCAUCAUCGGGACGGUUGCCGUCUUUGCUGGUAGACUCAUCGAGCUCAACUCGCUGUAGAGGCCUGAGCCACCGAGAGCACAUGUUGUGUUAUCAGGACGGACGUCAGAGUCGUGUUUGUCAUUGAACUAGUUCAGGUUGUGUUUGCUCUCUUUAUCCCCCCCGUCCCUCACACACAGUUUGAAUUGAUUUUUAAUGCUGUGAAGUUUGUGCGUUUGAGUCUUGUGAUCUCGAUGGGUCAUACUUGAAGAUUAUUCUUGUCACUAACAAUUUUUCUAUUGUAUUAGGUUUUUUUCUACAGUGUUUUAUUGCUCUGGUGGGCUCUCUGAGUGUAUUUUUUGGCAGCUUGAUUUCAGGUGAGAGGAUUUAAUUCAAUGUUACAACAAGAAAAUAAAAACGUCAGACUGUAUAAAUAUUAAUGUCCACCGUGCUGAGGACUAACUGCUACAUUAUUAGAAAACGCGUGCACUUCCUGUUAACAUUGUGAGUGAAUAAAAAAUCCCAUUCCUGUAGGUCAGUCGAGAUCUUCAGCUCAGAGUGAACGUGUAGGUAGAAACUCCAUGUGGUUGUUGGAGGUGAGGGAAGAACAUGUGUUCAGCUCGUUCACAACAGACCUAAUUUAAGUGCAUCCCAGUCCAAUUUAAUUAGCAGUUCUGUAAGUGGAGUCUGGUUGACAACAUGGUCCUGGUCUUUGAGUGAAGGCAAGAUAUUUUCCUGUCUGGAAGUUUUAUUGUCUUGUUCUGCCUGAUACUCAUUUACUUCUGAACUUCCUGUUUAUAUUUAUGAGUCGAGGUUGUGUGCCAACAUUUAUGGGCGAGUGAUUACUUUGUUACUGAUGCAUCUAAAUUCCUCUUAACUCUGUUGUACAGCUUGUCAAGAGCUCAUUUUGAAUGUUAUUUGAUAAAUGUUUCUGACGUUUGUUGAAGGAACUCCAUUCUCAGGCAGUCAUCUCAGAGCUGCCUGAAGCUGCUGCUCCUCCAGAACAGUUUUGAUUUGUCACUUCAUGGGCAUGGAGUUUUUCCACCAGUGACCAUAUACCUGGCAUCAAAAUAGCUGGAAUAAGUGAGGUCAAAUGAUCGUUCCUCAUUUAGGGAACGUGACGUAAGCACAGGUUCGGAUUGUGCCAAAGCAAAUGAAAAGUGAUGUUAACAGAUAAAACAGUGAUAUUUUAAACAAUGGAUGGGAAAAAAUUCCAUGACAUCAGACAUAUCACAGUUGCGGUGUUGCCUGAGUUAACAGCAAGCGGCUGAAGGCAACGUGAUUUAUUUUGCAGCUGUGAUUCCUUAGUUUGGGUUAAUAAUAAUAAUAAUAAUAAAGUUCUGCUGUCCUAUUGAGCUGAUCGUUUUCUGUUUUUGUCAUUUACAUGUAUUUGCAGUUGUCUGUGAGUUAAAUACACAAAAUUAAGAAAAAUCAUGUUCUAUUUAACUCACUUAAUCUAACGAAUUACAGUACAUGGCUUUAGUAUGGCGGAGAGCUUCUGCAAAGGAAGAUCAGUUUCUGAAAUUGUUUUAUUGGAGCUCACAAUCUGAGUUUUUCUGUAGGCUAAAUGUUGCUUUAACAACUGCAAGAAACAGCACAUUUCAGUCUGUGAAGUCUCACUGUGGUUUGUAAUUUAUUUUCAUGAAUAAAAACAUUGUUUAACAAAUUGCCCCAUGGAAGUGGGGGUGUGCUUUGAACAUGUCCAGUU